CUCAAAGUCCGAUUUCCAGAUAAGCAAAGCCAAAGCCCUAUCAUUCCCUUGCACUAAUUCAGCGUGUGAUCUAUGACUACUCCAACGCCUCCUACAAAGCAAGGUCGUCCAAUUCCAGGAUAUCAUUCCGAGGAGCCAUAUACAAUUUCGCCUGAGGACUCCAGUGCCAUCGUCCGGGCAAGUGCAUACCACAGAGAAGACUAUGAUCUCGCAGUCAUUUGUUUCCCAGAUCGGACUCAUGUUGACAUCGACAUAACGAAUUCAUCGCCCAACCACAAUCCGGCUACUACCCUAGGAGACCUCGAUAAACUUCCCCUCGAGCUCAUACAUGAAAUAUGUCUACAUUCAGACAUGUCAUCAAUAUUCCGAUUCCGCCAGGUAAAUACACGUGCACGGCACAUCCUCUACGCGCUUUACGAGUAUCGCGUUGUGACGACACAUGCCCGAGAUGCUUUUUGUGCGAUGCUGCGAACAGAAUUAGAUCCAUGCCCGACCUUAUCGGCAUUUUACCAGCUCCUUUCAUCACAGAAAUGCUCCAUCUGUGGACACGAGUACGGUGAUCUCAUACACCUUCCUACGUGCAUCCGGUGUUGCUCAUUUUGCGUGCGCAAACACGCCCCAGAACUGCGUGUAGCAACUGCAGCAAAGGCUAUAAGAUAUCUUAAACUUUCGAGACAUGCAUUAUCUCAAAUUACACAACUCAAGCUUCUGCCCGGAAUUUAUGGCAUGGAAGAGCGCCGGCGCGUGGGUAGACCAAAAGUCCUUUCGAUACAGUCUGCCCGUGAAGCUUAUCGCAAGCAAAAUGGCGGAGAAGAGCCCACCAAUAUGAUGAUGAGAUAUCUCCAGAUGCAACCCAUUCUUGCUUUCAUGGUCUGCUGUGCAUUGCCCAGCUAUAGCCUUCCUGGUCGGGUUGAGAACGGGAUCUGUUGCAUUGGCUGUCAAGCCGCCAUUGAAAAGGGUAUCUUGAUUCAUACAGGAAACUGGGCCUUUCAUAUGCGCGACUUGGUAUAUUCAGUUAACGGAUUCUUGAAGCAUUUUGUGUGGUGUGAACAGGCCCAACUUCUAUGGCUUGAGAGUAAUCGUGGCUCAUGUGAACCUCCGAACUGGCCCUAUAUUUGCAUCCGAGGCGGCUUCUUCACCCGCAGGAAAUAAGUCUUUUGACAGAAUAUGGACCAUUCCCCUGUCAAGGGUUACCACGGGUACGCAGCGCAUCAUCUCUAGGGAUAUCUUUGCUACAAUGCAUCACCAUAAACUCCUGCAUGGAAGCUAUUCAAUAUCAAUCAAUCACCAACUAAACUCCCUCAGAUAUGCAUCUAUAGGCGACAGUACCAUAGACCAUUACAUAUCCGCGAGUUUUAUUUUGUGUGUAUAACUACAUCUGGUUACUAGACAAUUACUACACGUUCUGCGAAUAGAGUUGGACAGGCGCUUAGAAAUACAUGGCAGACAUGCCAUGAGGCAUCUGAAGCUCUGUUCAAAGACUAGUCCUCUCAAAGGAACUUCAGGUCGCUGUCAGUUGAUCAGCC